UUUUAUUGCUGUUCUUCCAAAGCUUGCCACCCUUGUUUCCUUUAGCCUCUCUACGUUUCUGGGAGAAGCUUUGAAUCUCAACAUGCCUAUAAGCAAGGACAAGCUGAUUUUAAUACUAGGAAUGGUCUGUUUGGAACAAGGUAACUCUGUAACCCUUUCUUCCAUCAGAGCUCCUAACUGUGGGCAGAGUCUGGUUAAACCACAGUCUCAGAAUUACUUUAGCCUUUUCAGUCGCAUUGUUGGGGGAAGCCAAGUGGAAAAGGGUUCCUAUCCUUGGCAGGUAUCUCUGAAACAAAAGCAGAAACACGUCUGUGGAGGAACUAUCAUCUCUUCACAGUGGGUCAUCACAGCUGCUCACUGCAUGGCUAAGAGAAACAUUGCAUUAACUUUGAAUGUUACUGCUGGAGAACAUGACCUGAGCCAAGCAGAGCCAGGAGAGCAAACACUAGCCAUUGAAACCAUCAUCAUACACCCGCAGUUCUCCACCAGAAAACCUAUGAACUAUGAUAUUGCUCUUCUGAAGAUGGUUGGAACCUUCCAAUUUGGCCAAUUUGUGAGGCCUGUGUGUCUUCCAGAGCCAGGAGAACACUUUAAGGCUGGAUUUGUUUGCACAACUGCGGGCUGGGGUCGAUUGGCUGAAGGUGGCAGCCUCCCACAAGUCUUGCAGCAGGUGAACCUGCCAAUUUUGACUCAGGAGGAGUGUGAGGCGGCUCUGUUGACCUUAAGGAAUCCUGUUACUGGGAAGACAUUUCUCUGCACAGGAUCCCCUGAUGGAGGAAAAGAUGCUUGUCAGGGAGACUCAGGAGGGUCACUCAUGUGCCAGAACAGGAAAGGGACCUGGACUCUAGCUGGCGUGACUUCUUGGGGUUUGGGCUGUGGUCGAGGCUGGAGAAACAAUUCGAGGAGAAAAGAGCAAGGAUCUCCUGGGAUCUUCACAGAUCUUAGCAGAGUGCUUCCCUGGAUCCACGAACACAUCCAGACUGGUAAUGAAGCCAUCCUGCAAGCUUAAGAAGCCAAAGUUCUAUGGGGUAAAGAGCAUCAACAGGCUAGACAAGUUGAG